GCACGGCGGGAAAGAGGGAAUCAUGGCGGCGGUGUCUGUAGAAUUGCAACAGGAGCGGCGCCUGGUGUGUGUGGAGUACCCAGGUCUUGUGCAGAAUGUGUCCAAGAUGCUACAGACCCUGGGCGGAGAGGAAGGAGUUUCCCGGAUCUAUGCUGACUCAGCCAAAAGGUUGGAGCUAUACUUUCGGCCCAAGGACCCAUACUGCCAUCCUGUAUGUGCCAACCGUUUUCCUACCAGCAGUUUGCUGCUUAAGAUCAAGAAGAAGACAAGAAGGAGGCGAGCUGAUGGUGGAAAAGGGACUGUUGCAGAAGUCAACUUUGACAUGGAAAUUUUGGGCAUCAUUACAACUGUUUAUAAAUUUCAAGGGAUGUCAGAUUUUCAGUAUUUGGCAAUACACACAGAAGCAGGCUGCAAAAACACUUCUAUGUAUGAUAAAGUUCUCAUGCUCAAACCAGAGAAGGAAGAAUUCUUCAACCAGGAAUUACCUCUAUAUAUCCCCCCACCAAUUUUCUCUCGCCUAGACACUCCUGUGGACUAUUUCUACCGGCCAGAAACACAGCAUAGGGAAGGCUACAAUAACCCUCCUGUCUCUGGUGAGAACCUCAUUGGCCUGAGCAGAGCUCGGCGGCCCCACAAUGCCAUCUUUGUGAACUUUGAAGAUGAUGAGGUGCCCCUGAAGCCACUGGAGGCUGCUGUACAGACCUGGAAGAGGCUCUGCACUAAUCCCCUAGACAGGAAGAUGGAGGAGGAACUGAGAAAGCUGUUUGACAUUCGUCCCAUCUGGUCCCGGAAUGCUGUCAAGGCCAACAUCAGUGUCCAUCCAGAUAAACUCAAGGUCUUGCUUCCCUAUGUGGCCUAUUAUAUGAUAACAGGUCCCUGGAGGAGCUUGUGGAUUCGGUAUGGCUAUGACCCCCGAAAGAACCCAGAAGCCAAGAUUUAUCAAGUCCUGGAUUUCAGGAUUCGCUGUGGAAUGAAAUAUGGCUAUGCCCCCAAUGACAUGCCUGUCAAGGCCAAACGCAGCACCUACAACUACAGCCUCCCUAUCACAGUAAAAAAGACACCCAGCCAAUUGGUCACCAUUCAUGACCUGAAGCAGGGACUAGGCACAUCAGGGACGGCCAGUAUCAAGAAAUCAGCCUCUAACAAGUAUAAGCUCAAGGACUCUGUCUACGUUUUCCGAGAGGGGGCCCUGCCACCAUAUCGGCAGAUGUUCUAUCAGCUCUGUGAUUUAAAUGUGGAAGGGUUACAGAAGAUCAUUCAUCGUAAUGAUGGGAUGGAGACUGAGUGUACAGAGCGUGAUGGUUGGUGUCUUCAGAAGACCAGUGAUGACCUGAGGGACACCAUGUCCUUGAUGAUCCGGCAGAUCAUUCGCUCCAAGAGGCCUGCUUUGUUCUCAAGUGCUGCCAAAACGGAAGGUGGAAAGGAACAGUUAACAUAUGAAUCUGGGGAGGAUGAGGAGGAUGAUGAAGAAGAGGAGGAAGAAGAGGAAGAGGAAGAAGAAGAGGAAGAAGAGGAAGAAGACUUCAAGCCCUCUGAUGGGAGUGAAAAUGAAAUGGAGACUGAGAUUUUGGACUAUGUGUAAUGGGAGGAGAACCCAUCCUAUAGGCCCUCUAAUUUAGUCUGGCUAUGGCUGUACCCUUUCUUUGAGAGUGGAGCUAACAGCCCCCCACUUGCAGCUAAGAGUGCCAGAUGGCAUUUGCAGGGACAAUGAUGGAUGUAGCUCCAGUCCAGCUAACGUCUCCUGAGGCUGUCCUGGCUUGUCUGGUCUGGGCUGUCUCAUGUACUAAAUAAUACCCCAAAAUACCUGCUGAACUUUCCAUUACUGGAUCCUAAGGAAUCCCCUUCAGCCCUCUAGAUUCAGUUCUCCCCUGCCCUUAGACCAUCUGUGAUGCCAUUAUCCAGGAAUCUGAUGUUUCUUGUGUUGUAUGUGCCCAUUAUUUCAAACACCCCUCUGGCUGUUCGUAAAUGUUGGGAGGUGGAGACACUUCAGCCUUUGGACUUCCAUGGAACAAUAAAAGGUCAGAUCAUCCUAUUUGUGGGUUGUGGAGUAAAGGAGUAUGACAAGAGGCCAGCAGGGACUGAGCCCAUGAGCUUGGAGUGGUGACCCUGGGUGGAUAAGAGGAAGAUAAAUAGAGAUAGUAGUUCCUAGGUGUUCUGAGCUUAGUACUGACCAACUGCUAUUUGGGACAUGCACAGUUUUGUGUAAUUCCUAUAGGGAAUUAGCUCUACCUAGAGCACACUUUCUUAAUGGAAGUUU